UCCUACACAUGCAAGCUUGAAAAGUUAGCUGAUGAUAUGGCGCUAAAAAUUGAACGCUUUGUUAGUGUAGGUAAAGGGAAUGGUUUACGGGCAGUGCACAAAAUAAAAGCUGGCGAACUUCUGUACAGAGCUAGUCCGUUAGCUUGCUGCGUUUCCAAGAAACAUCUUGCAACCGCCUGUCACAACUGUUUUACAAGGGCCGAAAGCCUCUUGAGAUGUUCCAGGUGUAAGACCGCUCGAUACUGCAAUGCUACCUGCCAGAAAGAGGCCUGGUCCAAGCAUAAGGGAGAGUGCCGCCGCCUCAAGAACCUCCAUCCCAGAAUACCCCCAGAUUCUGUUUGUCUGGCUGCCAGGAUCCUUUCCUCGAUGUUAUCCAUCAGCCACAGAGCAUCAGAGGAGCUCUACACAUUACAGGAGCAUCAGUCACACCUGACUGACAUGCCUGAGGAGAAGCAGAUGGGCCUGAUGCAGCUGUGCUCGGCGCUGCAGCUCUUCAUCCAGGCCAACGACCAAUCAGCUGAUCCCUUCCCGGCCCCAGACCUCGACCUGCUCAACCUCCUCGGCCAGGUCACGUGCAACUGCUUCACCAUCAGCGAUGGAGAACUACAGGAAGUGGGCGUCGGCCUCUACCCUAGCAUGUCCCUGCUCAAUCACGACUGCCAGCCCAACUGUGUGAUGAUGUUUGAGGGGAAGACUCUGUACUUGCGGGCUAUCACAGAUAUCCAACCACAGGAGGAGCUGACCAUUAGCUACACAGAUGCUAUGGCUCCGAGUGUGGAGAGGAGGAGCCAGCUGGAGGAGCAGUACCACUUCCACUGCCAGUGCCAACGCUGCAGCACAGCAGACAAGGAUGCUGAUAUGCUGGCUGGAGCUGAGGAGGUCUGGGGGAAGCUGAAGGAGGCCUUACCCUCUCUGGAGCGCCUGCAGUUGGACCAGAAGUGGACUGAGUUGUUGAGCGCGGGCCAGGCUCUGUUGGAAGGACACGCAGGUGCUGUCCCGGACACCAACGUCUACCUGCUGCAGCUGCUGGACCUGCUGCUGGACGCCUGCAUCAGUCUGGGCCAGUACGACACGGCCCUGGAGUUCGGCACCAGAACCCUCCAGCCAUACAGACUCUACUACACUGACCCGCACCCGGCAUGCGGCAUCCAGCUGAUGAGGGUGGGCAAACUACAGCACCUCCUGGGCAGAGUGGAGGAAGCAUCGGAGUCCUUCCGACAGGCCUAUGAUAUUCUGAAGGUGACCCACGGGACGGAGCACACGCUGACUAAUGAACUGCAGGAGAAGCUGCUGGAAUGCCAGGCGGACCUCGGCCGUGACUGAGCCGGAGGUGAGCCGGCGUCUUGACUCAGUACGAGUCAGUGGGGGUGGAGUGGGUAUAAACAGCACUGCUCUGUGUGGUGGACACACAACUCCCUCCGCCGCCAGAGACCUCCAGUACACUUUACCAGCUGUGGGAAACACGAAGCUCACAAAGUACUCCUGUGUCUCUGUAGUUCUGUAGUCAGUACUGUACUUACUAUUAUAGCUAGUUAUUAAACAGACUGAGAUGAAUGCCCACGCUAUAGUCUAUCUUUUGUAUCUCUGUAAUUCUGUAGUCAGCCCUAAAAUGACUAUUAUGACUAGUUAUUAGACAGACUGAUAUACUGUAUCUUUUGUAUCUCUGUAGGUCUAUAGUCAGUAUUAUAAUUGGUUGUUAAACAGACUGAUAUGAAAUAAAGCACA